AUGCCGGGAGAAAUUCUCACGAUUCAAGCAGGCCAAUGUGGUAAUCAAGUGGGCGAAGAGUUCUGGGGCCAGCUGCUCAAAGAACAUGGUCUGGACAACUCUGGGCAAAAGAUUCAGUCAAAUGUGAAGUCCGAAGAUAAAACGCGUCCUUUCUUCCUGGAGGUGGGAUCGGACAGAUACACGCCUAGAGCUAUAUUAUUGGAUCUCGAACCCAGGGUAAUCGGUUCCAUACAGACGAAGUUCCCCGAUUUGUUUGAUCCAAGGCUCACAUACAUGGAUGCCGCUUUCGGUGGUGCUGGAAACAACUGGGCACGUGGGUUCAACUACGGAAAGCAGCAUGAGGAAGAUCUGUUGGAAAUCGUUGAUCGGUCGCUAGAUCAGUGCGAUUCUCCUGAGGGGUUUCAGCUAGUACACUCUGUGGCCGGUGGAACAGGUUCUGGAAUGGGCAGUUUUAUGCUCGAGUUACUGAGUGAUAGAUAUCCGAAGCUGUUUGCAAAAUCGUACUCGGUAUUUCCGGAUAUGGGCAAUUUUGCUUCGGAAGUGGUGGUUCAGCCUUACAACACGUUGCUGACUCUUAGGCGAUUGGUGGAAAACUGUGAUGUUGUGAUUCCGUUUGACAAUGCAGCUUUGAGUCAAGUGGCCUCACAAAGUCUAAAUGUGAGUAGCCCGUCCUACUCCGACACAAAUAAGCUAAUCUCAACGGUGAUGGCGUCUAUCACCAACUCGAUAAGGUUCCCUACUUCUUUCGGAACUUCGCUGCAGGGAAUAUUUGCGCCCCUUAUCCCCUCACCUGAAUUGAGUUUCAUAAUACCAAGUUUCACGCCAUACACAUCGAAUUACGUCUCAUUUGCGAAGAAGCAGAGGCGAUCUACGGGCUAUGAUGUCAUUUUGGACUUGGUGAAUAAGAAGAACAGACUAGUAACACCUUCGGAUGAGCAUGAUUCUCAUAUCGCUGCUCUGGAUGUGCUGAUCGGAGGUUCGUUUUCGGAACAGGAUCUGUUUGCAGAUCACAAGGCCACAAUCAUUGCCAAAAAGAGGCUAACUCAGCCGAAAUGGACAUCACAACUUCUGCAGGUCUCGCACUCUCCAAGAUCGCCAUAUGCUCUGCAACAAUCGCCAGAGUUAGAAAACGUGGUAAAUGGGCUCAUGUUGUCGAAUAAUUCGAGUAUCGUAUCCUUGCUGGACAAGGUCUUGCGCCAAUAUGAUCGCUUGUACUCGAAGAAGGCCUUUUUAAAUACUUUUACAGCGCAUGAUGUGAAUGGCGAGGAUAUUGAGACUGAGCUUGAACAGGCGCGCGAGGUGGUGGAGGCAUUUAGAGAUGGGUAUGUGAGUGCAGAGCAGGACAGAUGGCUGGAAGCCACAGACCAGGAGUCGAGGGACUACGCCGAUGGCGAGACCAUGGACCAAGACCAAGAGAUGGGUAAUUAG